GCAAUAUUUAUGAGCUCAUAUUUAUUUAUGCUUGUGCUUAACUACCUGGGUAAUAGGUAUACUACAAUGUAACUACAUAGUACAUAGUAUAUUUUGUACUAACUAGGUAGUUAUAUUUUAACGCUAAAAACUCAAACUCAAACUCAAACUCGACAAAUUACAUAUACAUUUAUGUACAUGGUAGUAUCUUCCGCCCCAGCCGUAAAGCCGCUCAUUACAUCACUGCAUACAUAAUAUCGAAUCGACUCGUGAAAUGAUCAAUACCUCUUAAAUUAUUGGCACAGUACCUAUAUCAGUACUGUCUAAAUUCAUUAUUCUAUUGCUCAUGGAACAACAGAAAAAGUAGUCAAAUCAAGUCAUCGAGUCAGUAUGCAGCAGCAACUUGACCCAAUGUCACCUCCACCAAGUAUCUCGCAUCCCGGAGUCAUGGCUACCGAUAUCACCAAGAAGUUCACAUCCGCCGUGAAGACCCUAGCUCCUGGCGAGCUUGUCAAAGAUGAGCACUUCACGCUUUUCGAGUCCGUGGCGGCUCUCGAGGUUAUGGACCCUAAAAUGGACAGUGGCGUUUUAGCAGAAGGAGAGUCUCUAGACGAGGAAUAUGACGUCUCCCGUGAUCUACUCCCGGAGGAGAUUCUUGGCAUUAUUGACCAACUACUAUGUCUCGAGAUGGCCUGGCAUCUUGGUUACCCCCUUUCACAGACUCUAUUCACGAGUGUCUACAUAGAGUCUCUAUUGAAGCCGACUCCAACGAAUAUAGACGAGGCAAACUUCGUGAGAGAUACUCAGAGCCAAGCAGAGCAACCCAAAUUUAUGUUCAUUCUACGAGCAUAUUGCGUUGCGCUCCUUAAGUCGUGUUGUAUUGUGAACGAGAUGGUCAAAGAUGAACUUUACUAUGAGGAAGAAGAUUUCGUGACCAACACGUACGACCGCCAGCUUCUCAUUGAUAUACCUGUUGGGCCCAUCAAUAAUCUACUACAAAAGGCUCGAAGUGACCUUCGCGCCAUUAGCAAUGAUGCCAUCAAGGAUAUUGCCACGGCCCUUGACAUCCGGCUUGAGCUACGCAUAGCAUUUCUAAGAGCCAUCGACUUGGCAGGCCUGCGUACAGCGAACCCGGACUCCUUAAAAAUGCCCUGGAUUCAGAUGGGCGGUCUAAUUGAGCAUAUUAAAAAGCAGCAUUCCUUGGGAAAGCCAGUGCCAGAAGCCUUCAGCACCAAGCUACAACGACGGCUUGCUAGUACGAUGCCCCCACGUCCCAUGGUCCAGCCUAGCUUCGAAGAGUGCUAUAAUCUAUUCGAGCGCUUGUUUCGUGAUGGGGUUGACAUUAUGGACAUUCUGAAAUAUUCGGAACCACAGAGUCUAUUGAAUUUCGUCUCAUUGUUUCAGUCGAGGAAGCCACAACCUCUAGUCUACAUCAGAGCAUUACUUCAAAGUCUGCUAUUCAAAGAGAUGGUCGUUCUUGGCAACUAUAGUAUUCGACAGAUAAUCGACCACGAUCUUUCCAUUGUAGUAUUGCCCUGCGCACCUCAAAUUGACCCCUCUUACGAUCAUAUAGAGGUUCUAGCUGAUCCACGACACCAGACUGCGGCGCAGAUGGAGAUCUUCCGACAACGGGUGGCUGAGUGCUACUUGGACAUUUUCAGGAUAUUCUGUCAGAACAGAUGUAGAGUGCGCCGGACACUCUGUCACAAUAUCCAAGAGUGGGACAUGCUCCAAGCAGACGCUGAGGAGAUUGACCAACUCCUCCAGGUCGUUCUUGAAGAGAAACCAUUCACAACAGACAGGAGCGAGCUAGGCUUCUCACUUCCCCUCUCUUCGUGGGCGUAUAUUUACAAGCUUAGACAGAUGGAAUGGGUUGUCCAGCUCGGCUUUGAGCUUGAGGUAUACCAAACGGACGAGCUUGCUGGUAUGUAUUGGUAUCUGAACUAUCUAGCCAAGACGCGCGCGCAACAUGGCGACCGCAUAAAGUCGUUCACGACACGCAGCCUCAACGAGGCACGUUAUGGUCUAAUUAGUAAAUCUGGCGGCGCCACAGAGCAGCAGCUUCCGCAGUACACAGCGGCCAAGGAGCGCGAGUACAUGCAGUCCUUAGCGUAUUUACGCGUAACUAUGCUCGACGCAGCGUGCACGUGGGAGUUUGCCGACGGCCUAUGCUGCCUAUACACGGCACUUCAGCGUCUAGACCUCAUCCAAACACCGCAGCGCCCCUAUGGCACCGACACGCUGCGAUAUGAUCUACGUAUGAGACCCUUUCGACAUAUCGCCUUACCGGCACUCCCAACAUUUAGUGAAUUCACACGCGCCACCCUACAACCUGAGACUACGAUAUACGAAUUGCUCAAGUACGCCGAGAGCGCUAUCGGCGGUGCUAAGAAAGGAUAUGAGGCCUUGAGUAAGAUGUCUGACACCCAGGCCUUUUGCGUAGGAGCGCACGACUCGUGGGUUGUGAACACGAAGAACUGCCUUAAAGCCGCCAUAGCCGCGGGAAUAGCUGUGUCAACGCUACAGCGCGCAUUUGAGAACGCGGGCGGUAAAGAAGAGGGCAAGAUGGAGCUGGGCCUCCAAGUUGAGAUGCCAAAGCCUGGAAAGGCAUAUCAUGAUUGGUGGAUUGUGCCUAAACUGACUCCUAAGGCGUGAUUAUAUUCGCGGGACCUGCCCGCCCAGGAUAGUUGGAUUAGGGGUCGUCAUGUCUAGGUGUAGAUGGGCUGCCUUGUAGAUAAAUGGAACCUAGUUUCGCAAGGGCGGAUUUUGUCUGCUCGAAAACCGGUUGAGUUACUACAGACUAGAUACUGUUAGAAGAUGAUGGUUCGGUC